UCGUCGGAAGCGCACGUUUGCUCGCUUGGAAGCGGCAGCCAAAGUGUGUCCUGUCGGGGUUUCUUUCUCAGUUUUCGACAAACGAAGAUUUGUGUCCUUUUCGUGGCUAAGGCAGAAAAAAAAAUCUCAUCUUCACAGACCGGGCAACCGCCAAGCAUUCUGCCGCCGCCGAGAAUAAAAGUGGCACCAUUGGUUACAGCCAAAGCAAUAAGAAAAAUCGUGCCCCGUCAGCCAACUCAAGUGGCGCGCAAAAAUAAUAAACGGUCAAACCGCGGGGUAAGAAGCUGGAGCUUAGCCGGAGUUUUAUUGUUUUUCCCGCCAGCAGAUGAACAUCCUCCUGGAACUGGACGGACUCAAGCAGCUGAAGUGUUGUGAUUAGUGACCGCGCUGGCGGCGUGUGACAUUUGGGAAUCCCCAUUAGUGGCAGAAAGCGAAGGAUUAUCUCAAUUUGUGAUCUUUUAGUGGGAUGAAACGAGAAAUGCUUUAUGUGAGUGAUUGAGAAGGGCACCAGGAUUACACCUCCGAAGUGAUUGGGGUAGAAACCGAGCGAUUGUUGACUGAACGAAGGGUAAACGAAUCUCGACAGACUCGACAGCAUCGCUGAUUGUGGAUUUGGAAACAUAAUUAGUAUGCUUGGUGGAUAGCUCAUCUAUUUUGGGAAUUCUGAGAAAUAGUAAUUUUUACGUGAAGAAACAGAUUAAAAUCAUGUAGAAACAAUUGAAGUUGUUGCGUGUCAGGAAGGAGACGCUCAUCAUCUAGUCGCAAAGGAUGUUGGAUAUUCGUUGAUCAUCAAGAUCAGCCCCCUUCCCUCCUAUUCGCACAUCGUUAAUUGAGUUUGAGUCUGUCUGAAAAGCAUCAGCUGUUCUCGCUAGCAUAAUAAUAUUUUUCCACCGAAAAACCCCUUUCGGACGGUUGCCUCGGGCGGAAGCAUAAGCGAGAAACAGCGUGCAUCGCAUCGUAACGGACCGGACGGAAUCGGGAACGGGAACUGGAGCGGGAGGAAAAAUAAACGAACAGGAGGUUCAUGUCCAAUUGGACACAAUGCUUUGGCUGCCCGAGUGUCUGCCUUAAACCGGAAAGACACAUUGAAUAAGUCUUCCUCCCUGAGCUGGUGGCUGCUGCGUUGUGGUGUGAAGUAUGAAUAUUCCAGCGAUUUCGGUUUUUGCUCGAGCCGGAAAUAUGGGAAGAGUAUAAAGCAAACCGAGCUUGUGAAAAUAUUUGAUUUAUCUGGAAGAAAUUGCAAAUAUAUUCGAUUCAUUGUUGGUGUCUUUGCUCGGCGUUCGUAUCGUUGGUAUUCAUGCUGAAGCGGGCUUGCGUUGGGAGAUCUUCGGUGCAGAUUUGGUUCGUUCCGGAAAGUGGUUUAAACCGUGUUCAUAGUGAAGUGAGGUGAACUGCAGCGAAGCUGCCGACGUAAGAAGCAUCUUGAGUGUUCGUGAGCUUCGAGUGCACGCGAGCGAAUCUUUGGUGCAUUGUGAAAGGAUUUAGCUUCGGUUGGUUACCAUCAUUAUUACUACCAUGCUCCAGGUAACGGCAGAUCGGACGUCCGGGAGGCGGAGUAGCUCCAUCGGCUGCCGCUCAAUUGUCGGCCGUCGAACGUCGAUGUACAUCAACCAGACCCAGCAUGAUCGGGAUCCGUUCAAGUUAAUCCUCGAAAUUAACAGUGAGGUGGCACUGUUCCGGGAUCUCCUGAUUCACGUCGGCCAGGCACGGGACUGCCCGGAGCUGCGGGAGAAAAUCCGGAAACUGCGGCGCUCCUGCGUGGAGGCCUGCAAGCACACGGCGGCACUGGUACUGCCGCAAAUCCGAACGGCACUCGCUGAGGGCAUCCUUGCCGACAACCCACACCUGGUGCUGCUCUUCUACCUAGCUCAACUAUUUUUAAGGGAACUCAUCAAAAGUCACCGCUUGGUGCAGGUCAUACCUAUGGAUAUGUCCGGAUAUUACGAAAAUCGCGCCGGGCCCUCGAAUCUCGGCAAUGUGAUAAGUCAAAUUUUACUCUGCAAGCAGAUAACACCCGACUUCAACCAGGAGGAGCUUUGUAGUAUAACCAAGGACUCGCAGGAGAUCGCCCGGAUACUGCAGGAUUUGCAGGAGUUCAUGCCUCAGCAGGAAACAUACCUGGAGCGCACCAUCGCCCUAACGAACGAAGUCAACGGACCGUGGCCAGCGAAGCGCCGGCGGGGUUCGCUCUACAAAAAUAUGGGCCUUUUAUGCUGUGUUUCUCGGCCAAACUAUCUAUGAAUAUAGAUGGUUGUUAUCCAAAUACACAUUCUCUCCUCGUCUCACCGGCGAUCGGCGGGUCACUCAGCCGGCGCCCUGGCCCCUUCCCAUACACAGUGAACUCUCCACCGAAAAAGCCAUCAAAUGGUACAACACGACACGGUGAGACUCUAUUAAUAUCCGCGGCUAGUAUGAACACCAUCAUCAGCGUUAGGCAACAUUAAAGAACCACCAAAAUAGUAGAACCUAUAGAUAUGUUUAUUUUUCUAUGUGUGUUAUUUAUUCUAUAGAGUACAUUUUAACCGACAACUCGUACUACACAAAACGGAACAGGAGCUUCCAAAGCUCCCGAACGUGUUCUAGUGUAGAAAGCCAAUGGAGGGACGAGAGAAAAAAAAACUCUUGUUUCCGAUCACAAAACGGAACGACGAAUAAUAGGAUAAUAGUUUUCCCGCUCAUGUCUUUAGUCGGGAUUAAAGCCAAUUGGGCUCGAAAUUGGAUAGGACAGAAGAGGAGGAGGGAGAUAGAGAGAGUGACGUGUCGAUAGUGCAACUAUCAGAGAAUGGUUCCGAUGAAACGACAAAACAAUUACUUUAUAUUCAUGAAAGAAUCAAACAUGUUGAAAUUCCAACAAUAUCACAAAAAAAACAAAAAAAAACCAACAUGGGCGAAAUAAAAAUCACAUUCAAGCGAGAACAACCCUUAGCGAAUAGAAAAAAAAAGCAAAAGCUCAGAUUAAGGCUGCAUCGAACUAAAGCCCUGUCGAAGCGAAAACAAAAGUGUUCCGGGGGCUGCUGAAAGCCACAUAGUCUCUUCUCUGGCGGAUGCAAUUGCGCUGGGUUUUAAGCCACAACUGAGCCUGGCAUUAAUUGAAGGCGAUCGACCGCAUGGGAGAACACAUCAUAUUGGCAUUGAGGGAAUGGCUGGAAUGUGAGCGAUUUUCGAAAAGGAAACUUGGCGCGGAAUUGGUUAGAGAUGGUGGAUGGUGCGGAACGGAGGGGUACUGCUGAUAAGUUUCAACUGCCAGAAAGGAUACUUCGUAAUUGAAAAUUACAUCUGAAUUUAUUUUGAUCGAUAGUAUCUUUUCGGUGGUGGUAACGGAAUGAAUUGUUAUGAAAUAUCGAAUUUUAUGGAAUCAUAUCUUCGAAUCAAAAUUGUUUUUCGAUUUAUUCUGUUUCCUUUAUGUUUCAUCCAAUUAGGUUGAAGAAUUCACAGUCUUUGAAAUUGUGAAUUUUGGCAAUUUAAUUGGAUUGAAUAUGAGUUAAUUUCUUUCAGGGUUUUCUAAGUUAUUUUCUAAGUGCCGUAAACACAUUCACAUUCUAUUCCUAUUCAUAUUUCUGGUACAAAACUUGUUUUAUUGGUUAUGCUGUUAACCUCUAAUCUACAUAUAUAAAAAGGGAUUUCUAUCUGUCUGUCUGUCUAUCUGAUUCUUAUAGACUAGGAAACUACUGAACCGAUCGACAUGAAAAUUGGUAUGAAGGGGUUUUUGCGGUCGGGGAAGAUUCUUAUGGUAAUUCGAGACCCCCUCCCCCCCCCCACCUUUCUAAGGGGGGCUGCCAUGCAAAUAGAACACUAAUUUCUGCAUUACUCGAGAAUUAAUCAAGCAAAUGAAACCAAAUUUGGCAUGUCGAGAUUUUAGAGUGCAAUAAAUGUAUUUACGGUGGUUGGACCCUCCACCCCUCUCCCUAAGGGGGAGCUGCCAUGCAAAUAGAACACUAAUUUCUGCAUUACUCGAGAAUUAAUCAAGCAAAUGAAACCGAAUUAGGCAUAUUGAGGUUUUAGGGUGCAAUAAAUGCCCCCUACUCUAAGGGGAGGGCUGCCAUACUGCCAUAUCAUACCAUCUACCAGAGAUUCGGCAACACAAAUAAGCUAAGUACGGCUUUCACUGUGAUGGACAAUAUGAAGAAGGUGGUCAAUCAACCCAAGAAUGUGCAGAUUGAGGAGUAAGGGUUGAUUCUUCAACAUCAGCAUCACCUUGCAAGUCCCGAUGAGGACAAAGAUGAAUUUUACGCGCAGCCGGAACGCGAAAACGAACGCUGCCCAAAACAGGACAUCAAGAUCAUCAUCGCAGAUUUCAAUACUCAGAUCGGUAAAGAGAAGAAGUUCAAACCUGUAAUAGGUAUGUACAGUACACACCAGUUAACAGAUGAAAGCGGCCUAAGACUCAUCGAUUUCACCACCUCUAAGAAUAUGGCCGUACGCAGUACCUUCUUUCAACACAAACUUCUUCACCGAUACACCUGGAGGUCAACAAAUCAAACAGAAGCUCAGAUCGGCCAUGUUCUGAUAGACGGUCGGCAUUUCUCGGACAUAACUGACGUCAGAACCUAUCGAGUCGCUAACAUCGAUUCAGACCACAAUCUUACGCGACGGGAACAAGCAGAUGUUGCCGAAAACUACGCCCAUUCGCUUGAAGCUGCGCUGCCGAAAAAGGACGGAACUUAUCAAAAUGGGCCCGGGAAAGUUGGUCAAUUGUCUGCAUUGACUGAUUUUCAGAAUUUGGGAAACAGAACAGCUACCGGAGGAGUAGAAAGAUGGGAUUAUUUGUCCUACCUUCAAGAAAGGCGACAAACUAGACUGUGAAAACUUUCGUGCAAUCACCGUCCUGAAUGUUGCCUACAAAGAGCUUUCCCAAUCCAUCCUCCGUCGUCUAUCGCCAUUUACAAAACAGAUUCGUGGGAGGUUAUCAGGCCGGUUUCGACGAAAGUUGGUUCACUACUGACUAGAUCUUCACCUUGCGGCAGAUCCACCAGAAAUGCCGUGAGUACAGAAUCCCAACGCACCAUCCAUUCAUCAACUUUGAAGCCGCAUAUGAUUCAAUAACAAAAAGAAAAGAGCGAUGGAGAAUCAUGGACGAAAACAACUUCCCCAGGAAGCUUACAAGACUGAUUAAAGCUACGACGGAUAGAAUACAGUGAUGUGUGCGAAUAUCGGGUGAAUUAUCUGAUCAAUUCAAGUUUAGCAGGGGGCUUCGCCAAGGUGAUGAUCUCUCUCUCUCUCUCUCGACUGCUGUUCAACAUUGCGCUAGAGGGUGUUAUGAGACGAGCGGCGAUUAACUUGCGUGGCAGGGUUUUCAAUAGAUCCAGUCAAUACAGCUGCUUUCUUGACGACGUAAACAUUGUACGCAGAAUAUUUGAGAGGGUAGCAGAAUAUUAAACCAGACUUGAGCAAGAAGCAGAGAAAGAUGGGCUUAAAAUCAAUGCGUUUUAAACCAAAUUGAUGCGGGCUGCCAGAUCCGAGCACGCCAGGACUCGAUUAGGUAGAAGUGUAGUGAUCGACGACAAUUAGUUCGUGGUAGUGGACCAAUUUGUCUACCAUGGCGUCUGACAAUGAUAACAACCCUGAAAUCCGCAGAUGUAUUAUCAAUGAGAGUCGUACCUACUAUUGUCUUCACAAACACUUGAAAUCAAACAGAUUCAGCAAUCGCGCGAAAUGUUCCCUGUAUAGAACGCUCAUAAGAUCAAUUGUUCUCUACGGGCACUAAACGUGGACAAUACUCGAAGAGGACCUGCGAGCACUCGUAGUCUUUGAACGACCGGUGUUAAGAACCAUCUUCGGCGACGUACAGGAGGACGGCAUAUGGGAGCAAAGGAUGGGCCACGAGCUCACGCAACUCACCAGUGAACCCAGUGUCCAGAAAGUGAUCAAAGCUGGAAGGAUAUGUUGGGCCGGACAUGUUGCAAUAAUGUCGGACCGAGUUAGGGCAAAUCAGGGUAAAAGCGAGACCCUAAGCAUUUCGACAUAUUUUUAAAUCUCCCCGUGUUUCUAUAACUUCACAUCGUUACAGAUCUUCUCUUAAACUCUCCUCAAUACAUGCUCCACAAUAUGUUUGUGUGGAGGCGAUCUGGCGUAGUGGUAACAUCCAUACCUCUCUCGCAGAGAUCACGAGUUCAAUUCUCACUCCCGACAUUCUUCCGAAAAUGGAAGGAAAAGGGACGAACCAGCCGAAAUGUGUUGAAAGUCACUAUAAUAGAGAAAAAAAAACAAUCUGUUGAAUUUAGUGGCAAAUCAGCCCCAAUGUGUUGAAUGUCACUAUAAUACAGAAAAAAAAACAAUUUGUUGAACAUUUAUUGAGCAGAACUUCAAUAUUGAUAGCAUGCCAAAAUAUACCUUGAGAAAAUCGAAUGAAAACUUGAUACAAAAAAAAAUACUAAGGAACUAUCCAUAUACAAUGUGAAUACUUGAAGAGGAGAGAUAGUUUCAAAUGAUACGGAGUUAGAUUGCAAAGACAACAAACAAAUUCCUGUUUCGCACCCCAUAGCUGUCACUUCUUAUGUAACCUCAGGUUUGCGGAAUCAAUGAUUCGGGUGCUAGUCUAAAAAUCUCAGUCAGCAAAUGUCUUUUUUCUCCUUGAAACACCUCUCACAUUGUUUUUUUGCCAAUUCAAAUGGCAGACGACGGAUAUCGUUGAUAAGUGUUUCAUUAAAACGGAUUUCAAGAUCGAGCAGGUGACGGACAAAUUUCAGUUCCUGGUCCGUAGUAAACACGAGAGUUUUGAUCCCAGCUUGGAUGAGCAUUCAUCGGAGAUCGAGGGAUACCAUGAGCUCUGGGAGCAUUUUUUUGACAUGCCCUGCUCAACGAUGGUUCUGACUGUUUUUAGCUGAAUAUCAGUCAUGCCGUUUUGGCUUCCAAACAUUAACGCAAGGCACCUACAACAAAUAAGGAUGCUUUUUUCUUGAAUGUUAAACACAAACCAUGUGUCAGUUUUACCCUGACUGAUACCCCAAAUGGACUUGAAAUUUCAAAAUAAACCUUUUGAGGAUCGUUAAGGAUCCAAACUACAUACCAUCUCACAGAAUACACAGAACAAUGAUGUAAGAUUAAUUAGGCUCAUAAAAACUAUCGAAUUUUACGAAAUUUUUCGAUUAAAACACUUAAAUCUCAUUAGCUAAAUUUGGCGCGAUCGAUUUGCAGACCGGUAUUGUUUUGUUGUUUGUUUUGACAGUAACUAAAGCAACUUCCGCACUUGUAGGAUGACUCGAAACGAGAAAACAUAUUGGUGGGUUCAAGGUACAUCGGAAAAUUUGCGACAAAAUUGCUCCUAACGGGAAAAAACAGAGGGUGUCGAUUUUACCCCGAUUUUGAAGAGAAAUUUUGAAUCAGGUCAUGUUGUAAAGACAUUAAGCCAAAAUAAAUAAAUAAACAUUUACCCGAAUACCAUUCACCCGAAACACGUUUAUCCGAAGGAUAUUCACACGAAUGUGACAAAUAUCCGAAUGUAAAAAAAAACGCGAAUCCAACAUUUACCAGAAUGAUCAUUUACCCGAAUGAGACAAAUACCUGAAUGUGACAUCUAUCCAAAAGCAACAUUUACCCGAAUGAAAAAGGUAAAAAUUCCGACAAAUCAAGUUACGAUUUUUGCCGAAUUCUAAUAAUCAAUACAAUAUGAUGAAGCAUCGAAAAUACAUUACAAUGAAAAAUUGUAAUGAGUAAUUUGAAAAUGACGCGGGAGACGUUUAAUUUGAAAAUGACGCGGGAGACGUUUAACGUUUUUUGACGUUUAAUGACGCGGGAGACGUGUCGUUCAAUAAACGACAGUUUUGGUUUAAAAAAUAUAAAGCAUAAAUGUCUUAACAAUGUGAAAAGCAUUGGUAAGAAAAAUUGCGCUUACGUUUUUACGCUUCCGCAGCUCAAUUUUUACUAUGAAUUUAUUUUUUGGUGAUGAACUUUUUAUCUUAGGCCAAUGUAUUGGGACGAAGGAAUACGUUUGCCUGGUGCAUUGCGUACGCUCGGUUAAUUUUUGCUUUGAAAUAUAUCACUCAUAUUUCUUUGCAAACAUUAACUACAAUGUCUCAAAUUAAAAUUAAUUUCAAGCUAACCGAGCAAUCGGUGGAAAACAGGUUUGCUUGCGAGAGACCGCCUCUUCCAACGGCGGACUGGCGGCCGACUCGGAUUACUUUCCUUAUCCUCAUUAGAUGGAAAUUUCACCUCCAUUUCAUUGACCUCAGAAUAAAUUACGGAAAAAAAAUCUAUCAAAAAAAAUGCUCUACGGCGGCAUUAAUACGUAUAUACCAACAUAAUUAAUAUUUCAUACGAUUUUUUUCUUCUAAAACAUGAGUUGUUCUUCCGCGUUAAUUUUUUUUUGUUCUAUAUAUUUGAGAGGAUUUGAAAAAAAACGUAAAUAUCCUUAUUCAAUCAUUACAGAAAAUUAUUCCUUUUUGACGAAUAAGCUUCCCUUUCUCAAUCAGGACUACCAUUCUAACCAAAAAAAUGAUAUUCAAGUAACUUUUUUUCUCGUAAAUAUUCCAGAAUCACACUGUGUUAUAAUACUAUUCCUUUCUCUCUUUCCAACGCAUUACCUAUUUUUUUCAUUUUUCUUUCGACAUAGGAUUACGUCUUGCAUUGAGGGUGCGAAAUCAGAAAACAGGUCACGUUUUUAUGAAAUAAAGUUAACAUUAAUAACUAUUUUUGCUGUGAACGGAUUUUAACGAUUUGUAUACCAAUCGAAUUGGAAAUUUUCUAAGAUUUGUUCGAUAUGCUACACAUUACAAUCCCAUAGUCUGUAUAUGGGUUAAAUUGAUGAAAAUUGGAAGCAUUCCCAUUUCCCCACACAUUUCGCUUAUUCGGCUCGUUUUGUGUUUUAUGUUUCCCCUCGAGCUGUGAACGCUAGCGAAUCGAAUACUUCACAUGAAAUGUGUUUCGAUGUUUCAUUCUUAUCGCUGCAACUGUGUGCAUCUGUUAGACGCGUGUUUGAUGCUGGUUGAAUGAUAUGCACAGAAGAUGCCUCUCGUUAAAUACUCAGUGCAAUUCGUGCAUUGAUAUAAAGAAACAAAUUGCUACAUAUGACCAAUUAGUGUAUUGUUCUCACAAAGGCAAGAAAGAAUCGUUGGUUCUCGAAAUGAUUCUACAAAACCACGCAAGCCAUUAAAACUUUUCAGGGUCUCUGGAACUUUUUACUAAAGAGUUAUUUAUGAAAUUUCGAUGUAUUCGCAAAUAAUAUCCGAAAUGAUAAACCAACAAAUUAAAAAAAAAAUGCGUAGUCCUACGUCCUAAGCGGUCGUGUCUCGGAUACAACCCCUCGAGUUUUUUUUAACAGAUCUCAUUCUAUGAAUUUUAUGGCGACUUCUUAAAAUUGACAGCUUACUUCUACGUGAAUGAGCUACGUGGUCCAAAUGCCUGGAAUUAUUCGAUCGAAAAAAAACGAAAGUUCAUCGUUUAUUCAAACUUAAAAUUUAAUUAGCAUAAAAGCGUAACUAUAUAUCUUUUUCCAUUCGGGUACCUGUCGCAUUCGGGCAUUUGUUUCAUUCGAGUGAUUGGAAUUCGGGUACUCGGGUCUCAUCAAAAUCAAAAUAAAAACUCGUAUACUCGCGCACGGUGUCACAGACUGUGUGUGUCUCUGAAAUAUUACUAUUGAGCAAUUCCAUGCCAAAUCGGCAAAAAAAAUUUUGCAAAUUUUGUUCCGACCCUCUCCGAUGUUUUCUUAAACUUGGUACUUAUGAUGAAAAAUAUCAAUGAAAUAUUUAGUAAAAAUAACAUUUAAAAAACUCUGUUAAAAAUCUUUUUUUUAUCCUUUUUGUUAGUUUUAGGCUCAUUAGCAUUUUAGCUGUAACAGAGCCGAAUUGUAAUCGUGUUCAUGUCACAUGUUUAUGAUAUCUACAAUUAGCACAUUACACAGUUGCCAUUUUUCGGCGUUAGACUAUUCCCUUCUAUACCAUUGUAUAUAAUACACAUUUACACAGUAGCCAUUUAGGCGUAACAGUUUUUACCUUCUGUUCCUCCAUUAUCCAGUUAGACCGGACAGCGGAGAAAGUUGAUUGAUCAUUGUUGAGCUAUUUAUAGAACAGCAACCCGAUGUGUCUUGCAGAGCAUAGCAGUUGUAUGGAUGAAUCGGUCUUAUUUCGACCGUGGAUCGAUCUCCCAAUGUUGCUACGGAGACCCUCUGUUAAAAAUCUUACUUAAAAAUUGAUUUUUUUUAUUUAAAACUUCUAUAUCUCAAGAGAUUAAAUUUAAAAAAAUAUAUAUAUAUCCAAUUUGGGAACUCUGACACGACACCACCACACGUCAAACUUUGUUAAUUAGCAAGCUUUGUCCAAUGAACGUAUACAAAACAAUGUCGAAAGAGGAAGUUUUGAGAUAUAAAAGUUUUUUAUAUUAAAUUCGAUUUUUGAGUAAGAUUUUUUAACAGUGUAUUCUAAUUUUUGUUUUCCUAAAUGACUAAUUGAUUGUUCAUCAAGUUAUUCAAACACCAUAUUUUAAUUACAUUCUUUGUUUUUUUGUUAAUUACGGAUUUGGAAUUACGUUUUUUUAAAGAAAGAUCAAUUAUUUAGAAUACAAAAUAAAAAAUAAUCAAAAAAGAAUCAAAAAAUCAGUUGUAAUUUAAAUUGAUCAUAUUAUAAUGAAAAUUAUGAUUUUAGGUAGUUUCCAUCAUAAGUACCAAUUUUAGAAAAAAAAGUCGGAGAGGGUCUAGUCACGCGAGGGUCGAUUUGGCGUAGAAUUGCUCUAUUGUGUAACGUUUGCAUUAAAAAAUUGACAAUUUUCGAAUGGGGAGAAAAAAACUACAAAAGAUAAGUUGUUGAAAUAAAUUUCCCAUAAAACAUAAUGUUAUUGACCAUGUUACAAAAAUAUUUCGUAGAUAGCCGUAACAUUCGCCAUUGCUGUCGAAAAUAUAUUUAUUGGCAUGUUUUUCAAUUCUUUCUUAGAUUUAUUUAUUAGUUCCUCCUCCGUUUUCACCACGAAAUUUUAAGAGUAGACCCACCGCUCCAGGUUUGCCCAGAAAUUCUCGAUGAGAGGCACUGUCGGACGACCAGAACCAGACUUCCGUUGAAUGCUCUCAUUCUUCUCCAGAAAAGUAAGAAUAUUAUAGAUACCGGAAUGCGGUGUAUCCGGCGGACUCAAAGUACUUGACGAUGUUCACUUUCAUUUUGUGCGUUCUCAGAACGCACAAAAACCAUGGAGCGCAGUUACUUUACUAUUUUCGCCAUAACUUCCACAGUUCAACUGAUAGUGCUGUCAAAUUUUGUCUGAAAACUCGUGGGUUAUUGUGAUUGACGAUGGACAAGUUGUUUCCUCAAAACAAAAUUAUUGAUUCUCGGUCUGUGAGACCGUAUGCGCGAGUAUUGAAAGUAUAAAAUUCUCGGUCUGUGAAACCGUAUGCGCGAGUAUAGAAAGGUUAAAAAAAUACUUUUCUUUCAGUAGCGCGCGCUGAAUGGAAAGUAUUUUUACCCCAUAUUGACAUGUAAGAUAAUGUCUUCAAAAAAAUUCAAAUGUCCUGAAAUGUGCAUCUCUUUCACACAUAGGAUGAAUCAGAGCCACAAUAACCCGAUUUCAACGACAUUUUCAUUUGUCCACAAAAAUAAACACGUACAUGGGACACUUGUCGCCGGAAGCCAACAGCGAUCGGCGAUCUCCCACACGCCUCGAUAAUUUCUAAAUUGACUAUAAGUGACUCGUUGAACAGAUUAUAUGUACUUUCAAUGGGGACGAUUUAAUUAUUUUUUAUUUUAUUUAUAGGGUAAAUGAUCUUGGUUUGUCCAAUUUGGGGUGUUUUUACGCAACUAGUAAAUGCAAAUCGAUUUUUCUUCAUGAAAAUCACACAUAAUCGAUACGAGUUUGGGUUUGUUGAAAAGCCCCAAGUCUCUAGUUGCUAAUACUACCAUAAGGUGUUGAAAUUAUUCAAAUUUUUAUGUUUUUUAACGAUUUUCCUUAAAGAAGAAUUAUGAUCAUGGUUUGACCACCUCUGAUCAUGGUUUGCCCAAAAAAAUUAUCAUGGUUUGUCCGGUUUUAGAAAUCUCCAUUUUUGAAUGAAAACAUUCGAAUUCACAAUUAGAUGUUGCAUUUAUCAUUGUUUGAGUUUACUGUCAUCAUAUUGAUUCAUUCAUAAUUUAGGCUUUCUUCAGAAUAUUGCCUUUUCUUGGGCAUUUUAGAAGUGUUCACCUCAACACAAUCAACACAGAAAAACCAUACUUCUGCUAUGCGCGAAGCACACCAUAAACAAACUGCAGCGCGCCAAGCGGUUGCCAUAGAAAUCAUGUGGACAAAACAACAUAAUUGAAUUGGACAACUCAUGAUCAGAAUUGAGUUCAUCAAAAUGCGUUAAUUUAAUGGUUUAGCUAUGUAAAUCCGAUACAAAUGGUGAGCAAGCAUGAUGUUUACAAUAUUUCUAAGUGUUGUAAUCCAGAAAAGGUCUGAAUACGUGCCAAAUAAUCAUCUGGUGAUCGAUUAAAAGUUAGCUCGAAUGAGGGGCGCAUUGACACAAAUAGAAGGUGUAUUUUAAAAUCCUUUAAAACAUGUUUUUUCGUAAAAAUAUACUAUCAAACUACUAUAAAUCAUGUAAAAGGCAAUCUCAUUUAAAUGUUUCGAAACAUUCGAAGGCCUUAUUUGACACAGGAGCGCUGAAUUAGAGCAUUCAAAAAAGUGGGCAAACCAUGAUCAUAUUUUCGACUGGACAAACCAAGAUCAUUCACCCUAGUCCCAUUCUCCACCGGAGGAGAGUUCGAUUGAGUCAUGAAAAGCAUGAACCAGACGGUUUUGUUCCUUCAUAAUGGCAAAAUUGGUUUCCAUCCAUGCUUCUCUUUUUUAUUUAUAUGUAUUUUUUUUUGCAUUCGUGUGAAUGUGUGCCAUCAGACCAGUUAUGACGCCCACUUCGGGAGGUUGACAGAAAAGUGUAAUAAUUGGCUCGUGGGCAUUUUCCAACAUUUCGGAGCCUCAAUUGGUAUCGAUGUCGCCCGGAAAGAGCCAAUUUGUGCGUGACAUGAUUUUAUUCGACUGAAAAGGAUUAUAUUCAAUAUGAAUAAAAAAUACAGCACAGCCCGCCGGAAUUAAUGUAUGGUUGAUAACACACACACACAAAAAAAAGAAGUAAUGACAAGGAAAAAAUCAAUAACCAGCAGCAAAAUGCAACCGAACAUGAUAAUAAUAUUAUGUACAAAAGCAAUAAUAUUAUACAUAUUCCAAAGAGAGAAAAUAUUAUGGAAGCCCAUAUAAAACCGGAAGACGAGGAAAUAAGGUUACCAAUGAAGAGUUGAUUACUAGAUUUAUGCGUGAACUGUGAAGUAAACAAAUAGUAUGAACAGAUAACAAAAUUUUGUUCCAGUGUCGGACGGCAGAAGAAAGCAGAUAUUAUAAAUAAACUAAAAAAAUAUAUAUUUUUGAGUAUUUAGCCGUAAGUAGGAAUUGAGCACCAUAAAGACUCACCCAUCACCAAUGCUACGUUAAUCAAAACUCGAACAUAUAUCACAUCGUGUAGUAGAACUAUUCGUUGACAUUGUUCUUAAGUUAUCCAAUCGCUUCAAAGCAUAAGCUAAGUUAUCGUGUUCUUUGUGUUAAGAGAGGAGAGAGGGCGAUGGAAGCUCGUAACAAGAUCGUUUAAUUUUAGUGAUAACUGUGAUAUAGAUGUCCUAAUUGUCAAUUCAACCGAGGCAAAACUCGCGAGUCAUAUUUGUUUUCGAUCGUUCGGAGAAAAUCAAUAUUUAGCUUAAACUGUGCGUUGGGAGAAUCGUUUAUCACACAGUGUAGACAAAACCAGAAAAAAUAUGAUAAAUACAAACUCCCAGCGAUGACUAAAGGCAAACCAUAGUCGUUACUGUGUAGCAUGAGGCUUCAUCUGACGCGGGGAGAGAUAAUUUACAGUUCAUCUGAGAUUUUAUAUCAUUGUCAGUUUUGAGAUUUUAGAGAUGAGAUACUACAUAUAUUGAUAGAAACACCAAACUCUGUUCAGUUUCAAGACAUGAAGCGAAACUAAUAGCUAAUUUUGGAACGAAAUGUCUCUUAUUUCGAGGACCAAUUAUUUACACCAAGUUACCACAUACCACAACACUAUUCAAAUUCUCACAUUAAUCAAUUAGGUACCACAAGGUAGCGUUUUGUAUGCGAGUUGCACACAAUCAUUAGUCAAUUUCAAUUACUUUUUAGGCAAAACACAUUUAGGUCCACAUUUUUGUAGGCACAGCACUGUGGGAUUGUUACUCCACAAAAAAAAACUAAAACCACACUUUCAUCACAGAAAAAUCAAUUAGUAAUAUGAACCAACAAAUUAGCCACGUUAUUACCAUCGAAUGAAUCAAUUUAUCACCCCGAGAACACGCACCAUUAAAACACACAUUACAGCAAAAACGGACAAAUUCAACUAACUACAAAAAAAAAGAAAUCAAACGAAAAACCGAUAUUAUAUUCAAAACAUUGUAUA